AACAAGGUCAAGACAAGCAGCGUGAUGGAACAAGACGAGCAACAACGACCGGCCUUGAACUCCGAGCAGAUGCAGGCUAAUGACUCGCUAGCCGAAGCUUCUUCUGUCGCAGCAGUCGAGCAGAAACAGUCACAGUCCAAAGUUCAAGUCCAGCUCGCAUACCAGAAACCACUUAUCGACUUUCGACUUGACCCUCCCACGCCCGUCGUCUCGUCGAACCCCACUCCUCCCUCUCGUCCCUCAGUCCUCCGUCUCUCUCUGCUUGACAGCUACUACCUCGACAACAUGGUCACCGCCAACAAGCAGCAAAAUUUCGAUGUCGUCGAUACAUACAAGCGCCUGCUGGCCGACGACCCAGAGUUGACCAUGCCUGUCGCCGCCAUCGAAGCCCUCGUCCUUGCUCUUGCCCAUACUCCCGCGACCACUGUCUCAGAAACUCUGGACCUUCUAUCUACCCUUACAGCCGAAUUGAAGGCUCGCAUCCCCAACCCAAUUUCUCUUUCUGCCGGCACCGACUUGUUCCAACGAUACAUCAUCACCACUCUGCAAAAGCCCACCGCUGGUCGUAACAGCGACUUCGACACUAUCCGUACCCAUCUGGUCCAGAACGGUCGCUUGUUCGUCGAGCGCGCGAAGGAGGCUCGUGACAAAAUUGCUGGUUUUGGUAGACAUUUUGUUCGUGACGGCAACACUGUCCUGACCAACGGUGGUUCGCGUGUCGUCGGUGCUCUCUUGCGCUCAGCUGCUGAGACGAGCGCUGGUUUCGGUGCCCAAGGCAGUAUUCGCUUCCGCGUUAUCUACGUUGUUUCCGACUCAUCAGAUGCAGAGAGCAGGGACAACAUCGCUCAGCUGCGCAAGCUUGGAAUUCCUGUCGCCACAAUCCCUCCUACCGCCAUUGCAUACAGUUUGAACCAGGUCUCACAAUGUUUCGUCGGUGCUGAAGGUGUUGUCGAGAAUGGAGGUAUUAUCAGCAGAUUGGGCACCUACCAGAUCGCCAUGCUGGCCAAGGCCGCCAACAAGCCNUUUUACGUUGUAUCCGAGAGUCACAAGUUUGUGAGACUGUACCCUCUUGGUCAGACUGAUCUGGGUAUCGAUCAGAACAUCGUCGAGUUCAAGACCACUGGAGACGCUACUAGCACUACUGGAAGCGUUUCUGCAAAGGAUGAGGGUGUAGCUGACAUGGAUGUCCACUCUGAUGCAGGCGUCUCUGACAGCGUAGCCAACACCGAUGCUGUCGAUUUCACACCUCCUAACCUCAUCUCUGGCAUCAUCACCGAAUCAGGUGUUUUGCUACCAUCCGCAGUCAGCGAGGAGCUCAUCAAGAUUUGGUUCUAG